AUGAGUGAGGUUGCUACAGAAGAGGAGCUUGUGAAUCGACUGCUGGGAAAGUAUGCCUUCGGGUCCUCACCAGAAUCCGUCCAUGCUUCACUGGUAAUCGACCUGACAAGCAAAAGUAUCCUCUCAGCCCAUAAUGUUCACGACCCAGAGGGUACUGCAGAUAAAGUAAGUAAACUUUGGCGUGACGCAAGAGAGCUCUCGCAGCGGCCCGAAGUGCUACGGAUAAAUGCAGAAAAGCAGUAUGUGCUUGUUGGAGAUGGCCAGUAUCUUCUCUGGGUGGUGCUUGACGCACCUAUCAUGCAAGUAACUUGA